UGACCUGCAGCUUGGGGCCUUGGCAGGAGAGGUGGCCUUCCUACUUCCUUUGCUCUGCCGCUGGUUGUCCAGUGGUACACGGCUCCUCCCAUCCUGCCCCCGCGGGGCCCUGACCAGUCAGUCCACCCAGCACCUAAGGGAGGCAUAGCCAGGGGGAAGAAGGAGGGAGAAAGGAGAGCCAGCUGGGGUCCUGCAGGAUGAUGGUCUGUUGAAAUCCUCAAGGUGAACAGGCCAUGGCGCAAGCUGGUGGACUGCCGCAGGCCAGCACUACUUCUGGCCAGCCCUACGUGAGCAAGUUGGUUCUGCUUGGAAGCAGCUCUGUGGGCAAGACCAGCCUGGUCCUUCGCUACAUAAAGCAAGACUUCAACAGCGUCUUGCCAACUGUGGGGUGUGCAUUCUUCACGAAGGUGUUGGAUGUGGGCUCUUCAUCUCUGAAGCUUGAGAUCUGGGACACAGCUGGCCAGGAGAAGUACCACAGCGUCUGCCACCUCUAUUUCAGGGGUGCCAAUGCUGCGCUCUUGGUGUAUGACAUCACUCGCAAGGAAGGGAAGGAAUUUGCGGAGAGCAAAAGCCUGCUCUUCAUGGAAACCUCGGUCAAGCAGAACUACCAGGUGUCUGAGGUCUUCGACACCAUUGCCCAGGAGCUACUGAAGAGAGCAGGAGACAGGGGGAGCAGCAGCCCGCAGGACGGUGAGGCUGUGGUUCUGAACCAGGGGCCUGCUGCCAGGCAGCGCCAGUGUUGCGCGUGAGUUGCUGCCACUGCAGGAGAGCGUGCGGAGGGCAUCUCAUCCUGUGCCUCAGAGGGUUCUCAGCCCCUCUGUUCCGAGGCAGCGGCGGCUUCUGAACAAGGCUGGCCACUCUGUCUAUUCAUACUCUCCAAAAGACGGGUUAUGCCCAAGCCCUGGAGGCUUCCAGAAGUUGGCUUCCUUCAUAAGAACUACUUGCCAGAGCUGCUGGGAAUGGCCAGUGGUAGGAUCCGGUGCAAAAUGGUUCCCAGAAGAUUGCCAGUCCCAUUGAUAUUCCCCGAUCCCACCAUAUUCCUGAAUGCCCUGAGCCCGUGUGCCUGCCCCACCUGGGCCGUUCCAUUCAGCGGCCUUGCUACCAGAAUGGAAGAGUUAAAUGAAGCAGAGAAGAAGCGUGAGCUGGAAAGAUUCUUUGAUCCAUGAGAUGGGAAGACAGUUGCUUCAUUCUGGGGCAGCUUGUCCCUAACUGGAUCUCCUUGGUUCUGGGAGUUGCCAAGGGAGAAAGGGGCUGAUAAAAUAAAAGGCAUCCAUGCUGGGAAAAAUGGAGAAAUGAGCCCAAGGUGGUGGGUCUCAGUGAGGUGACCCUGGAGAAUCCAUCAGGAGUGGCGGCGAUGGGUGUGUCCCCCUUCCAGCUGCGGAUGGACAGAGCCAGGCCUCUAUCUAGUGGUACCAGGACUCUCAAGCCUCCACUGUAUUGUCUAUGCAUCCUUCUCUCUAAAUAUUAGGGGUCUUGAUAAUUUGACCACUUUCCAAGGUUACACUAGGACCCACAGCCUGACAGGUCACACUGUCAGUCUGUACACAUUAGUCUGGUUUGUAGGCAUUAAACAUGGCGAAAACUUGUGGGGCAAGUGUAAUGAGGGUGGGCAUAGGCAUUGGUUUGGGCAGACUGUCUAUCCUGGUGGUAACUGUGUUACUGCAUUGAGAAUUUUCAUCUUUAUAGAGAAACCCAGGUCCUUGUCCAGGGAGGAAAGCUCCAGAGGGUCUCUCUCGAUGCUUGAUAUGGCAAGAUGGAGGUACUUCAAAUGUGGCCAUUUAGGGGGCAAAACUGUUUUUUGUUUUGUUUUGUUUUUGAGACAGGGUUUCUCUAUAUAACGACCCCAGGUGUCCUGGAACUAGCUCUGUAGACCAGGCUGGCCUUGAACAUGAAGAAAUCCACCUGCCUCUGCCUCCCAAGUGCUGGGAUUAAUAAAAGGCAUUUGCCGUCACCACUGCCCCACA